AUGUCUGGAAGUCCCUCAAGAGCGAUAAGACGUAAAUUGGUGAUCGUAGGAGAUGGAGCCGCAGGUAAAACUUCCUUGUUGAAUGUAUUUGCAGUGGGACAUUUCCCAGAGAAUUAUGAACCAACGGUAUUUGACAACUACGUGACGGAGAUUGAGUUGGAUGGGAAACCCGUUCAGUUAGCAUUAUGGGAUACAGCUGGUCAAGAGGAAUAUGAACGACUUCGACCGUUGUCGUACUCGAAAGCACAUAUAAUCUUGAUAGCUUUCUCGGUGGAUACACCUGAUUCGUUGGAGAAUGUCUCGCAGAAGUGGAUCGAAGAAGUCAGAUCUAUAUGCGGUCGACAAAUACCGGUAAUACUCGUAGCUUGUAAGACGGAUCUAAGAGACAGGGCGAUGGCAAAUGGUACUUUCACACCUGAGAGGUAUAUCGACCAUGCUACUGGUCAAAGAAUAGCAAAUAUCAUUGGGGCCCGAGCGUAUUUUGAAACUUCCGCUUUGGAAAACAAAGGUGUAGAUGCUGUGUUUGAGGCUGCUACGAGAGCUGCUGUCUUGGUGCGCGAUCAGGGUCACGGUGGUGUAGGUGCAAGUCAUGAUCAUGGUCAUCGAGAAGCUUAUGGUGGCAAGAGGAGGAGUGAGAAGGAUGAUGGGGAAGAUAAAGGGAAAUGCUGUGUUGUUAUGUGA